AUUUGUGUCGGUGUCAAGAGUGAGAAUAUGGAAGGAAAAGAAAGAGUAAUGAAGUUGGGAAGAUCACUUCUGGUACCUUCAGUUCAGGAAUUAACGAAGGAGGGUUUAAGCAAAGUUCCUGAAAGAUAUGUGCGUUGUGAUCAUCAUGAACAUGAUUCUUUAUCUCUAGACAAUACCGACAAUUAUUCUCUUCAAGUUCCUAUAAUCGAUCUCUCCAAGUUAUCUUCUCCAAAUUUCAAGGCCUCUGAGCUUCAAAGACUUCACUUUGCAUCUCGAGACUGGGGCUUCUUUCAGGUGAUAAACCAUGGAGUGGAAGAGUCAAUAGUUGAGAGAAUGAAAAAGGGAAUACAAGAGUUCUUUAAUCUUCCAAUGGAAGAGAAGAAGAAAUUUUGGCAAACACCGGAAGACUUAAAAGGGUUUGGUCAAGCAUUCGUGGUUAGCGAGGAGCAGAAGCUUGAUUGGGCAGAUAUGUUCUAUAUGAUAACUCAUCCUCCUUCUUUGAGAAAGCCCCACCUCUUCCCCAACCUUCCUCUCCCAUUCAAGGAUGACUUAGAGGCAUAUAGUGUAGAAAUGAGAAAGCUAGCAUUGAAGAUUUUAGAGGAAAUGGUGGAAGCACUGGGAAUGGAGGAAAAAGAAAUGAGAGAGCUAUUUGAAGAAGGUUGGCAGUCUAUGAGGAUGAACUAUUAUCCACCAUGUCCUCAACCAGAGCUUGUGAAUGGCUUGAGUCCUCAUUCAGACACAAUUGGUCUCACCAUCCUCCUUCAAGUCAAUCAAGUUGACCAAUGCCUUCAAAUAAAAAAGGAUGGCAUUUGGUUGCCGGUCACUUUUCUCCCAAAUGCUUUUGUGGUCAACAUUGGUGAUAUGUUGGAGGUUGUGACAAAUGGGAUUUACAAGAGCAUAGAACAUAGAGCAAUGGUGAGCUCAGAGAAAACAAGGAUGUCUAUUGCAACAUUCUAUAGCCCAAAGUUGGAUGGAGAUAUGGGUCCAGCACGUAGCCUAAUUAAUCCACAAAGGCCAGCUUUAUUCAAAACAAUUGGUGUGGCUGAGUUUGUCAAAGGUUUUCUCUCCCGCAAGCUCGCUGGAAAAUCUUAUCUUGAUACCAUAAGAAUCCAAAAUGAUUAAUUGAGAAUAAAGGAUAUGAUGCAAAUUUGGAAUACGAUGUGUUCGCUUGUGGUCAGAGAAUAAGCACGUCAUGCUCUCAUCUAGUGUCUGUAUCUUGUUCAAUACUUAGACAUUGUGUGAUGUACCUAAAUAAUAUUUUAAUGUGCAAAUUAAUGUUAUAUAUAGGGUCGAUGAUAUGGGUCGUUAGGCUUGCAAGUCUAAUACCUCCGAGUUUGCGGUA